UCGAUCCGGGUACUUGGCUGGAAGGCUGGAAAGAGCCUAUAGGUACCAAUAUGGCGGAGGCUUCCUUCGGGAGUUCGAGCCCAGUUGGCUCUUUAUCGUCUGAAGAUCAUGACUUCGAUCCGACAGCAGAGAUGCUAGUCCACGAAUAUGACGACGAGAGGACUUUGGAGGAGGAAGAGUCAUUGGAGGGCGAGAGAAACUUUAACUCAGAGAUAGCCGAUCUGGAGAAGGAGGGGAACAUGCCGUUGGAGGAACUGCUGGCCAUCUACCGCUAUGAGGCGUCUGUCAGUACGGCUGCGGGCUCCAGCAUGGACAGCUUUUCUGGGGAGCUGACUGAUGAGCUGCCAGAUAUGACUUUGGACAAGGAGGAGAUAGCUAAAGACCUGCUAUCAGGGGACUAUGAGGAGGAGACCCAGUCAUCCGCUGAUGACCUCACCCCUUCGGUCACCUCCCAUGAGGCCACCGACUUCUUCCCCAGAACACUCAGAUCUAAUACUAUCUACGACGGUGAUAAGGAGUCCGAGUGUGAGGAGGACGGCCCAAGCCUAGAGGACUCCAGAAAGGAAAUAAUGGUGGGGUCGCAGCACCAAGCAGAGGUCCCCACCCACCUCUGUCACUAUGGCGACGAUAAGGUUUACGAAGAUGAUGACCAGUUGCUAUGGAGCCCGGGCGUGUUGUCAGAAAGCAAGGUCAGGGACUUCCUGUGUGAGGCGUCGUCACGGGCGACCGAUGAGAGGACAGGAAGUGACAUGGCAGGGGCUCAUGUGAGCGACAAUGAGCAGGCUCUGUAUGAGCUUGUGAAAUGUAACUACAAUACCCCUGAAGCACUGGAGAGGUAUUGCAGUAAUGUGAACUCAUCACAGGAGGAAUCCCCACCGUGGUCUGAAGAUGAAUGCAGAAACUUUGAACAUGCACUACAGCUAUACGAUAAGAACUUUCACCUCAUACAGAAGCACAAGGUUAAGACACGGACGGUAGCUGAAUGUGUGGCCUUUUACUACAUGUGGAAGAAGUCGGAGCGCUUUGAUUUCUUCGUCCAGCAGAAUCGCUUUGGCAAGAAGAAGUAUAGCAGCUAUCCUGGUGUAACGGACCUGAUGGACCGGCUGGUGGACGAGGCGGAGGGCCUGGCAGUAGACGGCUCCUCCUCUGUGUGCUCAGGCGGAGGAGGGGGGGUGAGGAUGGAGCCCACCACAGAGCAGCAGCUCAGCCUGCUCAACUCCAUCACUGCCAGCGACCUCACAGCCCUGAGUAACAGCGUGGCGACAGUGUGCAGCCCAGCGGAAGUGAGCUGCCUGGACUCGUACGGUUUCCCCCCUCUGGAGAGCCUCCACCGGGGGUCCCUGGCACAGGAAGAGCCCCUGGGCUUCCCCUCCAACGGAGGAGAUCCCGACUGUCUCAACAUGCUGGAUGCUGGCUUCUACCACUCAGACCUGGGCCAGCGGGGAGGGGUGUACGGGGGCAAGGACUGCGAGCGGCCUUCUAAGAGGCUCAAGUUGGCGUUGCCCGACUCUUUCAUCAACGACGUUUCUGUGGGUAACCUCGGAGUGGAUUUUGAGGGGCGGCGGAACACUGCACACCACCGCAUCACCGGCGCCAAGAUGGCGGUGUCCGUCACGGACUUUGGGGGCUUGGCGGGCAGUGGGGAGCCCAAUGGGUUUAUGGGAGCACAUGCACGACGUCACAGCACAGCGCUCCAGUCAGAGUGACCACCCCCGCCCCCAGAAUCCCUCUUUUAAAUCCACCAUCCCAUGUGUACAUAAGACUCACUCACUGGAGAUUUUUGUUUAAUAAUUAUAUAUACACAUCUAUUUCGUUUUUGAUUUUAUUUGUGAAAUAUGACAUCAGUGAUGUCUUUAUCGUAUAGAACAAAAAAUCUUGAUUUCUCAAGAGUUUAUAUAGCCAUUUAUUUUCCGCGGCCCUGAGAUGUCAGUGUCCAUGUAGUGUGGGGCCCAGCCCAGCCUGUCCCGGAGGCUGCGGAUAGACAGUUGUGUUUUGUUCCUCAUCCCUCACACCCACAUCUACAGACGACUUCUUCAAAGCUACGUAAUCCUGCCACUCAUAUACAGUUGCCAAACCAGCUUUGUUCUGGUUUACUAAGUUUGUUCAUUAUUAAAGUGGUAUUUUUGAUUAACAAUCAGUGUUUACAGGUACUUGCAGAAACCAAGCUUGGUCAAAUGUGUUUUGUCCGAGAGGAGCCUGGGUUUUGUACUUAAUGCAACACUCGUUGGUGUUGAGGCGGUGUAGAUUUGAACUAGGAGCAUAUCAGUUGCUAGGAUGUUUUUCUCUCCCUCUCGCCUUUGUUUUUGUUCCUGUGGAAGCUUCUUUUGUACUCGGCUUGCUUUUUUCAGACUUUUAACAGUCUGAAGUGGCCAAACCAGAAGAGAAUGCUCUAGACUUUUAACAAAAUAUUAUAUGAUGAUUUUCCUCAGUGUUCAGCUGUGACAGAGCUUGCCAAAACAUUUUAAACCUUUUUUAAAUCCGCCAAUUUUAUUAGCGGAGUCAAGUGAUCAAUGUAAAGACUAAAAGGCUGGGUCUGACACCCAACUAAUCUUGGCAGUUUUAUCUGUCCAUCAUAUUAUCUGAAACAUGCCCUUAUAAAUCGGUCUCUUAUUGCCCCAGAAAUUAACCAAUAUCAUGACAAUAUUUUACAUUAUGACAGAACAGUUUUUGGAUUGGCGUUAUAGCGUUGCACUGAGAUGUCAUGUGUUCAGCUCCAGUAAUGUAUAUAGUUUCUGCCCUAUACUCUUAGCACAUGUAUUUCUUCAUAAAUCUAUUUGGCCCCAGUUGAGUGCUAAUUGUGCUGUUUGCAUGUUCAUCAUGGAGCUUGAUCAAUCUGCAAAAGUUAGGGUUUAUUUUUUUCCCUCUACUGUAUUGUUCAUUAUUGAAACUACUUAAAAGGCCUGCAUAAGCUUGUUAGCAGUAUUAUUUCAUUAUUUAAAGCCACUUUUUUUCCCUUUCUGCAACUUCCACUGUACUGACUGGAGGAUGCCUUGUAUUAACCAGUCCAUAAUUUAAUGUCCAGUUGCAGUCUAACAGAGAUUCAACUUCUAUUUCUCUAGACUGAACUAAUUGUGAAUUGUUGAGUGUUGGGGGAGGGGGGGGGGGGUUCAUCAUUGUCUUUUUAAUGUAUGCAGUAGUGAUUGCUUAAUUUACCUAUGCAUUGUGAAUUUGAUAAUUAGUUGGUUUCAGGGGUGUAUAUAUACUGAACAAAAAUAUAAACGCAACUAUUUCAACAAUUUUACAGAGAUACAGUUUACAGAAGGAAAUCAGUCAAUUGAAAUAAAUGAAUUAGGCCCUAAUCUAUGUAUUUCACAUGACUGGGCAAGGGUUCACCCACUGGGUGCCAGGCCAAUCAGAAUUAGUUUUUCCUCACAAAAGGUCUUCAUUACAGACAGAAAUAGCAGUCAGCAUGCCAAUUGCACGCUCCCUCAACUUGAGACAUCUGUGGUGUUAUGUGUCAAAACUGCACAUUUUAGAGGGGCCAUUUAUUGUCCCCAGUACAAGGUGCACCUGUGUAUUGACCGAGCUGUUUAAUCAGCUUCUUGAUAUGCCACACUUGUCAGGUGGAUGGAUUAUCUUGGCAAGGGAGAAAUGCUCACUAACAGGGAUGUAAACAAAUUUGUGCACAAAAUUUAGAGAAAUAAGCUUUUUGUGCAUAUGGAACAUUUCUGGGAUCUUUUAUUUCAGCUUAUGAAACAUGGGACCAACACUUUACAUGUUGCAUUUAUAGUUUUGUUCAGUAUAAUUCUGAAUGUCACCCACAAAAGUCCAUAGAUUUCUUACAUAAGCAUUUACCAUACAAUAAUUCACUAUCCUGAGUAUGUACAGACGGGUUUUUUGCAUUGGUUUUACCUAGCUAGGUGUUAUUUAGUCAUUCUGUUUCUAUGGCAGACAUUGGAGUCAGCUGUUUGUUCACCUUGCAUUAUUUCCCCAAAUGUGGACAGUUUCAUGUAAAUAAUUAACUAAUAGCCUUAAAUGUCUUCAUUGACCUCUUUAAACUUGUGAAUCUGUGUUGAUACAAAUACUUAAAAUUAGAUUCCUUGUCAAAAGGCAAUAAUGUGUCUAUGUACUGACAUUACGUGUUUUUACAUUUUACUGAUUGACUUUUGGUGUUUGGAUAUUUGGGGGGGGGGGGGUUCCCUUGGCAGUGGGAGUCAGCAAAACAAUGCAUGCUAGCUGUGUGACAGUUCUCGAAAAUGUACAACUUAAAAAGGCUUUACCUAAGACGUAUUAAUAUAUUAUUCAAUGUUGCAUUUUGAAGUUGCAAUCAUAAUGUACAAAUCCCACUUCAUUUAUUUCCUUUACACAUUUCUGUCUUUGUCUUGGUGAAAGGGAUGGCUUCUGUAGUCAGUAUGUUGAAAGCUGCAUCUGGUUCAGAAUCAAGCCCUCGUCCCUUAGGUACUUUCAUAGAUUUGGGCCGUAUCCACAAAGGCUCUUAUUCAUUGUGAUCUAAAAGGCCAAACUGAUCCUAGAUCAGCACUCCUACUCUGAGACGCUUUGUGAAUAUGGUUGGAUAGAUGGAACCAAAAUGGCAGAUGAACUACUACCAUAUUGCUUAUACCUAUCCAAUGCUUUCAGAUACAUCAAGUGCCUAGGGGUAUGUACCAGACCAUUGUUACUCACCAUCAUCAAAAGUGCAGAUGUCGUGGGUGUCUCCAGGCUCUCUCUAGCUUUAGCAGUGCAGUGGUAUUUAUUUCACCCUAUGGUUUGGUAUAAAGACUCAGAAAUACUGUCUGAAUGUAAAGGCCAUUGACUAGUAGAUUCAUAUUUUGAUUUUACAACCCUGUCCUGAAAUCUCAUAAUGUGAUAUUUUUUGGUAAUCUCUGGAGAGACUUGUGUGUAAGAAAGCACUAAUUUCUUUUUAUAUUUUGUAUUGUGUUUUGAAGUUUAAUAGUAUAAAAAGAUAUAGCAGUUGUGGUUGUUUAAAAAAAAUAAUAUCUAGUUCUUUGAAGUAAAGAAAACACCUUUUUGUGAAUAAAACAUAUGUAUAUCCAGAAAUAUAGACAAUCAACAUAUUUACUAUCGAAUGUUCAAGAGAAACUCGCUUUUGUUUAAGAAUUGUACAUAGACACUGAAUUGUUUUUUUUCUUUGGGUUUUGUUAAACAUUUUGUAUUUUCUGUUCUUUAAUACCUGAUGUACAGAUCCAGAAAUAAAGCUCUGGAAAAGGU